AUGCCUGAACUUCGCCCAACUUUUGUCGUCAACUUCGACAUGUCCACUGUAAUUUGUCAACACUCGGAAGUUGCUACGGAUCUUCACGUGCACGAGAUUUCAAUUCUAUGUGAUGGACAAAAAGAUUGCUAUGAUAAUCCAGCACUAGACGAUGAGAUUUUUCCAUAUUGUGAAAAAAAGUGUAACUCGACGUGCAAUGGUCGAGGCGCUUGUUUGUAUGAUGGUAAAGAGCCACAAUGUUUCUGCAAUCAAGGAUUCUCUGGGCCUGCUUGCGAAAUUAUUGAUACAAAUGAAUGCUCGUCAAAGCCGUGUCACUGGUUUGCGCAUUGCCAGAAUACUGUGGGCUCGUUUCAAUGCAAAUGUUUUGAUGGAUUUGAAGGAGAUGGCUUCCACUGCACUGAUAUUGAUGAAUGCGAGGAUGGAAUCGCUCAAUGCCCGGCAAACUCUGAUUGUAUCAACUUGCCUGGUAGCCAUUUUUGCAAUUGCACUCAAGGAUUUGCGCCAAAGGGAUCACCGUUGGAAAGAUGUGAAGACAUUGAUGAGUGUGCUCGCGGAAUCUUCAAAUGUCCAGCUAAUGAACUUUGUGAAAACACUAUUGGUGAUUAUAAAUGUGUUAAUGAGUGCGAUGUAGGCUAUAAAGCAAGUGAAGGACGAUGUGUGGAUAUUGAUGAAUGUGCAGUGAACAAAACGUCAUGCCACCAACGGGCUUCAUGCAUCAACACCGAUGGAUCGUACAGAUGCGCUUGCGAGAAAGGAUUCGCUGGAGAUGGACACACUUGUGAACCAAUCAAUUUGGAUUGUCGUUUCAAUAACGAUAUCUGCAGUCGACACGCCUACUGCUUAAAAGGACUCGGACUUUGUGUUUGCAAGACUGGCUAUAUGGGCGAUGGUCUCAUCUGUGAAGAUGUAAACGAGUGCCAAGCUGACCCAUCACUUUGCAAAGCGGACGAGAAGCGUUGUCUUAAUAUUGUCGGCGGUUUUCUUUGCUGUAACUCCACUUCAGACGAUGAUCGUUGUAUAAAAGAUGAAGCAGCGUAUUGUCCUGGUGGUUGUGGCACAAAUGCGGCUUGCAGAGAUGAAAAGUGUCAAUGUUUCCCGGGCUAUCACGGUGAUCCAAAUCACGAAUGCCAAGACGUGAACGAGUGCGAAAUGGAUGACACCUGUAAAGGAGUCGGCGAGUGGUGCCAAAAUUUGCUUGGAACUUAUAUUUGUUGCAAUCCAAAGAGCGAUUCUCGAUUUUGUCAGAAGCCAGAUCCGGCUGCAAUUCUUUUCUCGGUUGAUCAAGAAACAGUCAGUUUGGAUAGAAGUGCGGCUGCUGGCGGUGGAUUUAGUCAUUAUGAGAGUGGUGGAAACAAAGCCAGCUCAAGUGGUGGCUUGAUUGUUGAAGAGUAUGGAUCUGAGAUUGUGCCCCUCAACUGUACCUCGUAUUGCCCAGGCAAUUCGGAAUGUUUGCAAGGAGUCUGUCAGUGCAAGAAUGGUUAUGAAGGAGAUCCGAAUCAAGGAUGUCAAGACAUUGAUGAAUGUGAACGAAAAAUGGAUAAUUGCAAUGAAUCAAUCACUGGACAUUGGUGUGUCAAUGAUGAAGGCAGCUAUCAUUGUUGUACUUCGAUAAACGAAGUUGAUUGCGUUGGACUGGUGCUUACAAGGAGUGGCUUUGAACAAGAAGCCAAAGGAGGAGCAUCAGCGGCCGCUGCUUCAAGCUCUGGAUUCCAUUCAAAUGCAACAAUUGAAGGAGGUGUUGCAGCUGGAGAACUUCAGCAAUCAGGUCAAAAAGGCGCUGGAGGUCAAGGGUUUAUUGAGAAAGGGGGAAAGAAAGAGAGUUCAUCAGGUGGAUUGGUCUCUGUUAUUGAAGGUGAUGAUGAUCAUGGUGAGGUGCCAGAUGAUUUGUUGAAGCCGAAAGAAGGAGAGACUGGGCUAGUCAUUACAGCUGAUGGAUUCCAAACAAAUGGCACUUCAACUGAGGAACUUGAAACUUUGAUGACCACUUUGAGUGGAAUGAUGACCACUCCAUUGGAGACUUCAACACUGAAAGGAUCAACUGCUAGUCAAAGAGGUUUCACUGGAGUUCCUGUUUCGGAAAUCGAUUUAACAAAAACUACUCAAAUCAGCCAAUCUGUAACGAAAGCUUCGUCUCCAAAGAUUGAAGUGUCAACUUGGAGCUCCAAGCAGACUGAACACUUUGAGUCUUCGACAAGUACAUCUGGAAAAGGAACAUUUGUCGUGCAUGAAAAAGGCUCUUCGUCAAAUCACUCAUCUGGAGGAAAUAUUAAAUUGAUCGAUGGAAAUGCUGGAGAGUUUACUAUUAAGAUUAAUGAGCUCACAACAACACCUUCUCUAGAAGAAAAGACAUCAAAACCAGGAGAAAAUGGACUUGAAAUCUCAUCCAGAAAAACAGAACCACCAAAUAUUACUGUUGAUGGAGAAGGGACACAAAGUGAGGAAAUAAAUGAUGAGAAGCAUCGACGAAAGUCUACUACAGUACCACCUGUCACUGAGGACUUUGACAUGUUGAAGCCUGCUCCGAAUGAAACGGGCUUGGAGAUUACUGCGCACGGGUUCUCCGAAAUUGAGCCUGAAGUUCCUACCACUAGUCAACCAGAUCUUGUUCUUACUGCUUCUCCGACUAAGAACACUCCACUUCCAUCUCCUUCAACUCAAGAACCAACAACUACUACUUCUGAAGUUUCAAAAACUAUCGCAACCAUUUCAACAGCGGCAACAACAAGAAAACCCUCUGGACCUGAGAUCGCCAUCGAUUCCGGGGAAGAAGGUGACGUGGCAGGCAAAGAUGGAAAAGUUACUAAACCUGGGAAGAUUAUUGUUAGCAUUGGCCCUAGCCAUGAGUCGACAACUAUAAAAAUUCAAUCAACUACUGCUUCUAUGACUUCGACUCCAAGCACUUUGUCUACCAAAUCGACAUCUCAAGCUACUUCAGCUGAAACCACAACAAAACUGACAACUGAGGUGACUACAUCGGAAAUUCCAACUGCUUCAGCAACUAGUCAACAAACAACCAAGAAAUCAUCGACUACUGUCAAAGAGAAUGUUGAGAAAACUACGAAACAAGCAGAAACAAGCGUUGAAUCGACCACUGGUGUGACAACAGUCUCAGUUGAUACAACAAAACAAGAAUCAACAACUAAGACAACUAUAGCACCAAAUCCAACCGUUUCAUCCUCUGAAAAGCCCGCUGAAAUCACAAAAACAACAUCGGAAACAAAGACUACUAAGGUUCCAUUAAAAGAAACGACAAGCAUUCAUGUAACUUCAAAAACAUCCCUUCCAUCUAGCAAAUCUGUAACGAUUUCUCCUUCGACUUCAACAAAAACCACAACUAAAGCUGGAAUCGAAAUUACACAAGUUACUAAAGAUAUUGGACUUGAAAUCACAAAAUUCACGGAAGUGACGACUCCAAGUUCAAGUUCAAGUUCAAGCUCGCCAACAAGUCCCACCGAAAAGACUUCAAUCUCAACCGCUUCAACCAAACAAUCAGUUCAACCAGUUCAUAAGGUCACAUCUUCAGCUACAGAGAAACCUCUAGUCGCCACUCUCACUUCUACUUCAAGCCAGAUAACAAACCCAACCACAACCACGAAAGUUGAUGAAACAACAACGCAAAAUGUUCGGGGUCCAUUUGGUCGCUCGGAAAGUCCAGAUGUUUCUGAAUCAACUCAAGCACCAUUAAUUGUAACAACACAACAAGAAACCAAACGUCCACUCACUGAUGCUACUCAGACAACCACUUUGAAACCAGUACCAGCUGAAGCUACAAUCAUCCCGAAAUUCGUUUGCAUCAGUAGUGAUAGCUGUGGAAUUGAUGCUUACUGUGAGCGACGAAGCGGUGGCUGUAGAUGUCAUCCCGGUUUUCAAGGAAAUCCACCUGAAGAAAGAUGCAUUGAUGUCAAUGAGUGCUUGGAAGGAACACACAAUUGUCAUGAAACUGCUCGUUGUCACAAUUUCGUAGGCAGCUAUAAAUGUUUCUGUCCUCAAGGUUUUCGGCAACAGUCUGAUGGAUCUUGUCAAGAUAUCAAUGAAUGCAAUGAAUCAGCCGGUGGGUGUUGUAGCGGAAACGCGACUUGUCACAACUCUCCCGGUACCUAUGAAUGCCGUUGCAAUGAGGGCUAUGUUGGCGAUGGCUAUACUUGCAUUCCAUCUCAAAAGCGAGCUUGCACCGAAGAAGAGAGUCGAUCUUUUGCAUGUGGCCUCAACAAUUUGUGCAUGAUCGACGACUAUGGAAAGAAAGACUGCAAUGAAUGCAAGCCAGGCUUUGAAAUGAAAGAAAGCAUUUGUGUCGAUGUUGACGAGUGUGCGGAUGCUAACUUGAAUAUGUGCUCAAAGUUUGCGAUUUGUGUAAACACUGUCGGCACUUACAUGUGCAAAUGCAAGAACGGAUUCAAGGGAGAUGGUUAUAUGUGUGAAGAUAUUGAUGAGUGCAGCGCUGGAAGAAAGCCUUGUCAUGGAAGUGCUGAGUGCGCGAACACUGAAGGCUCCUACACGUGCACUUGUUAUGAAGGAUGGAUUGGUGAUGGAAAGACUGCUUGCAUAAAUCCGAUGAAUCGAGAGUGUGAAGAUCUUGUCAAAACUUGCGGCACUGCAGAGCACAUGACAUGUCUUUCUGCUCGAGUUUCCAAUGGAACCGUUCAGAGCGUCUGCGAGUGCGAGGCCAACUACCGUUGGAAUUCAGUGUCAAAGAAAUGCGAGGACAUCGAUGAAUGCCUAGAAGACAGACACGAUUGUGAUCCAUCAAAUUCCCAUUGCAAGAACAUUCCUGGUGGAUAUGAGUGCGAGUGUAUGGAUGGAUAUGAAGGACGAGGAGGGAUUUGCGUCGAUAUUGACGAAUGUAAAAUGGGCACAUCUGGGUGCCAUCACAUGGCAAUGUGCAUCAAUCGAGCGGGCAGUUGUGGAUGUCAAUGCAUGAAUGGAUACACGGGAGAUGGCACGAGUUGCUUGGUGAUGCCUCCGAACGUAACAACGACGAUGGAGACAACGACAACCACCAAAGCGCAAACAACACCAACAACGCCAACAACGACUACAACUACAUUGACCACACCAAAGCCAAACCUGACAACAAAGCCCUCUCAACGAGCAACAACUAUGCAAGAGGAAGAAUCCAACGAAACAGAGAGGCCAUGUCCCGAAAAUUGGAUCCGCAACUGCUCCCUCUACAACAAGAAAUGUGAAGUUGAUUUGGAAGAAAACCCUCAAUGUUCAUCGUGUAUUUCUGGAUAUCAGCCCUCAGUCAACGAGACUUGCAUUCCCAUCAAUGGCAAGGGUGGUUGCACACCGACUACUUGCGAUCCGCAUGCUGAUUGCCAAGAGAUCCCACCAAAUCAACAUCGUUGUUUCUGCAGAAUCGGUUACAUUGGUGAUGGUCGAAAAUGUGACGACGUGGACGAGUGCAGCGUGCCAGGAGUAUGCGCCACUGAGGCGCACUGCGUGAAUAAAGACGGCUCAUUUGACUGUCUUUGCCCAGCCGGUUUCACUGGCAACGGUUUCUUCUGCACUUUCAUCGUUGAUCGUGAAGAUAAUGUCACUUUACCACGACCAAAUUGUUUGAUUGAUACUGGUUUGUGUCAUCCGUAUGCUAAAUGUUCAAUGAAUGGAAGUUGUGUUUGUUUUGAUGGAUUUGAAGGAGAUGGCAUUAAAGUUUGUAAAUCUCUUCACUUGUCAACCAAAACAUCGCCAAAACCGACACCGUUUACCACAAAAGAAUCGAAAAACAUCUCAUCAACUGGCUUUGUGACAAAAUUGACAAUUGAAUUGGGGCCAAGCACGACGAAAGCACCAACUCAACCUCGUGAAAAACUUCCAGUAAUUAAGACGGUUGAGCAAUCUACAAAAGCUCCUCUAACAGCGACGCUUGAAACCACAGCUAGCACUCGGCACCACUUUGGCACGGUUUUACCUGGCUGUGAGACAUGGCCACCAAGAAACACUCAAUCACCAACGACUACACCCACACGACUGCCCAUUGCUCGUGCUACUACACCACUGCCAAGCGUAGGGGCGAUCUCGGGUGCAAAGAGAUGCACACCAGAUGAUCGAUCGGCCUGCCACGCGUUAGCACUUUGCGAACCCGAUGGAGUGUGUCGCUGCAAGAAUGGAUAUGAAGGAGACGGAUAUCAAACUUGCACGAGAGUCCCAAGCAUCGACUGUGUGGACGAUCCAAACGUCUGUGACACUCGCGGAGAAUGCAAUAAGGCUCGAAGACGAUGCGAGUGUACAAUGGGAUACAUUGGUGACGGAAUCAUUUGUGCUCCGGAUCCACAGGAUUGCGUACUCCGACACAAUCUCUGCAGCGCUGAGGCGAUGUGUGUGGGACGGCGGUGUCAGUGUCAACCCGGCUACACCGGCGAUGGAGUCGUUUGUGUGUCGAUUCACGAACGGGAAACAAACGCGUCAGCAUGUGUGCAAAACUCGCAUUUCGAUGGAGCUGUUUGCAAGUGCAAUGUGGGCUACCUAGGAAAUGGUCUAUGCUGUGUAGCCGAUCCUCGAGAUUGCACCCAUUUCCCAGGGAUUUGCCACUCAAAUGCUUUCUGCCAAAAAGAAGAACGUUCUUGUAAAUGCAAUCACGGAUAUCAAGGAAAUGGUUUCUCCUGUCUACCUUUGAGAUCAUGCCGAAGCACUCCCACUUUGUGUCAUCGAGAUGCGCUUUGUUUACCAACUGGUGACUGUCUUUGUAAAGAAGGAUAUUUCGGUGAUGGAUUGAGUUGUAAACGACGAGGUUUCAUUGGACAUCGAGAAAACGAACUUUCUGACACUCCAUCAGCUUGCGGGAAUUUGUGCAACGUUGAAACAGAGCUUUGCAUAAAUGCGAAAUGUGAAUGUAAACAUGGUUUUGAAAAGAUCGCUGGGAAAUGCACAGAUGUGAAUGAAUGUCUUGUGGAUCAACCAUGUCAUCAAUUGGCUUCCUGCAAAAAUCUUGAUGGAUCCUACGAAUGCACAUGUCCCGAUGGAUAUCAUGGUGAUGGAAAGAGUUGUGUGGAGAAUGUGAAAUUGGGAGAGUUGCAAGUCCUCUGUGAGCCUGGACAAAUGACUCUUCUUUUGGAAAACAGCACCGAGUUGAAUGAUGGCCGAAUUUUCGUGCGAGGACAGUCCGAGAAUCCACAUUGCACAAAGCAAUUCAGCGCUUUUCAUCGAGAAUCAAAACCGUAUCGCUUCGUUGUACCCUUCGAACACUGCAAUGUGAGAAUGGAAGAAAAGGACACAGUGGCUGUGACGGUCGUCGUCCAAAAGCAUCCAAUGUUCAUCACUGCUUUAUCGGAUGCCUACGAUUUACGGUGCACGUAUCCAAUUGGAGUACGAGAGGUAGAAUCUCAUGUGAAUGUGUCUGAUGUAACUCCUUCAAUGACUCUUUCCGAUGAAUCGGUCGGUCCUCUUUGCUCAUUGGUCGUCACGAAUGAGCAGCAAGAAAUGGUCAACAGUGCUAUGGUUGGACAAAGCCUUCAUUUGACUCUAUCUGUGGAACCCAGUGCUUCGUAUGCAAUUCUUCCAAAGAAUUGCUUUGCGAUCAAUAUUGAGACUGGCGAGCGCUACUCAUUGACAGAUCGCUGGGGAUGCGCCAUUGAUGCGGAACUCUUCCCCGAAUGGACUCGAGUUCGUCCCUCGAAAACUCAAGCCUUGUUCCGUACAUUUAAAUGGCCAGACAGUAGCAUGAUUCGAUUCCAAUGUGAUUGCUCGGCUUGUGUGGGUGAUUGUCCACCAGUUGACUGUGAACGAAGACGACAAAUCGCACAACGAUUGUUCAGAUUCAGAAGAGCAAGACACACUGGCAAUCAAGAGGCUUCUGAGACAGAAGAUCUGAUGAUGACGAAUGAAGCUUUUGUGGAGCAUGACGAGGAAGAGAAAUUGGGACACAGCUUGGUGAACUCGCCGCGUAUCGCUUUCUCCCGCUUGAUCGCUGUUCACGAGAGGAGAGAACAUUCAAAUGAUAGAUCUUCGCCUAAAGCUGAAGAGUCCCGAUCGGAGGUGUUGAAAGAGUCGAGCGACGAUGAGCGCGUUUGCGUACGAACGGCGAUUCUCGCCGCUUCGACACUUCUUUUCAUUCUCUGUCUUUCGAUUCUCAUCUUCAUGGGGCUCAGACAUCGCAGAAAAACGUUGCAAGAAUACCCAAGCCUCCCUUCGCUUAGU